GUCCGGCUUGGGGAUUCCCAUCAAAUCAAAGUGAAUCGGACAAAAGAAGAAUGAGCUCCCUACAACAGGUGAACCCCAGGGUGAGGGGGAUCAGAGCGUCACCUCACCGCUUCCUUCAGAGGCUGUCCGCUGACAUCCAGAGACACAUCACACAGGGAGUACAGAAACCCUUCCAGGAGGUGAUUGACAUCAGCUCGGGUGAUCCUCAAUAUGCAGGGAUGAAACCCAUCUCCUUUGUUCGACAGGUUUUGGCUGUGUGUCUGCUCCCUGACCUCCUGCAUGAUGAGAAUCUACCACUGGAUGCGAGGCUGAGGGCGCAGCGACUCCUGCAGUGCUGUGAUGGAGAAAGUGUAGGUUCAUACACAGCAUCUGCUGGACUGUGUCUUGUCCAGCAAACAAUCGCUGAGUUCAUCACAAGGCGAGAUGCUGGAGUGCCCUCAUAUUCCUCAAAUAUCUACAUCCCCUCUGGUUCUCAGAGGGCCUUGAUGGUGGUGAUAAAGCUGCUGGCCCGUGGGGAUGGGGAGAUGCGGACAGGUGUAUUGAUGCCCCUGCCCUGCCCACACACCCUGCCGAUGCUACUAGAUGAGGCUGGGGUGAAGCUAGUGCCCUACCAUCUGAGAGAAGACAGGGGUUGGGCUGUAGAUCUGGAUGAGCUGAAAGCUGCUCUGAAAAUGGCUGGGGGUCGCUGUGAACCCAGGGCCAUUUAUAUAAGUAACCCGGGGAAUCCCACAGGCCAUGUGCAAGACAGAAACUCAAUAGAGAAAGUGAUUCAGUUUGCUGAAGAUGAGAGACUCUUCCUGUUGGUUGAUGAGGUAUACCAGGACAGUGUAUUUGAACAGGACAGGGAAUUUAUUUCCUACAAGAGGGUCCUAUUUGAGAUGGGCCCAGAGUACUCAGAGACAGUGGAACUGGCCUCCUUCCACUCCUUAUCCAACAGCAUCAUGGGAGAGUGUGGUCUUAGAGCUGGAUACGUGGAGCUGGUCAACGUGGACCCAGCAGUGAUGCUGUUUGCUGAGACUCUUCUGUGUAUUGAUAUCAGUACCCCAGUCACAGGACAGCUGGCAUUGGAGCUCAUGGUUAAUCCGCCAAAGCUCGGAGACCUGUCCUAUAACACAUACAUGCAGGAGGUUCUCUUCAAUCAGGCUACCCUGACCGAGAAUGCUCAGCGGCUUUGGGAGAGUCUGAAUGGUUUACCAGGAAUGAGCUGUCAGCCAGCGAUGGGUGGUAUUUAUGUUUAUCCCCGUUUAAAUAUGCCACCUGGAAUGGUAGAUCAAGCUGAGAUGUUAGGAAUGGAGCCAGAUGUUCUGUACUGUCAGAGAUUACUGGAGGAGGAGGGUGUGCUGGUUGGAGCAGGGUGUGAAAACGGCCAGGAAGAUAGAAACUACCAUCUCAGGCUGUGUGUGCUGGUUCCUAGUCCCACCCUGCAGGAAGCCGUGAAACGCCUCACAUCCUUCCACCUGCGCCUCCUGGCCAGAUUUCCCCAGUGACAGACAAAUCAAGAAUCUGAAGAGAAAACCUCACAGUUAAAAGGAAUAGCCCAACAACUUAGAGCAAGACAGCCCCUAGUUCAGAGAAUGCCAAUAUUUAAUAUCAGAUGUGUCAUCAGAGAAUACAUUUAUCAACCCUUAUGUCCUGCUUGGAGCGCUGCGGUUUUAUCAGCUUGAUGCUUCAUGCCUUUUCCUAAUGUCACGAGAACUGCUGAAAAACUUGUCUGGAAAAUGCAAGUUUAUACAAGAGGAAUCCAGGGGAAGCACCUAAAGAAAAAAAAGGUUAUGGGGGUUAUCUUGGAUGGGAAGCCUAGCCUGAGUGGCUAAAAUGUGGGAGGCAGACUCAGAACUGUUUCCAUUCAACCAGCGUGAUUUAUUUACAGGGUGUAGCUACAUGUGAAAGAACAAAAAAUAAGUGCAAAGGAAACAAAUGAACAGUUAACUCGACUUAACUGAACAAAACUCAUUGCAUAAUAAUAGAACUUAAAUGAACAGCACAUGCACACAUCCACACCCUGAAGUCCUACCUCCUAACAACUCCAAGGCUGCUGCUUAAAUCCUCCCUUGGAGUUGAUCAGCAGCACCUGAGUUCAGGCUGCACCACUGUGGCAGGGAAAGCCAACACCUGAGAUGGAUGAUGGGACAAAUAGUGUGUUCUCACCCACUUUGUCACAAAGUGACAGAGGAACAUCCUACACCCUAGGGAUGGAAAUAUUGGAAAGGAAGCUCACAAUUUUAGGAACAAUCAGAAAGAACAAGCCAGAACUUCUCAAAGAGCUCCUUGAAAUAAAGACCAAGAAGGUGACAUCAUCUACAUUUGCCCUGACUGAAACAACUACAGUUCUGUCCUACUGCCCCAAGAGAAAUGAAAAUGUGCUCCUAAUGAGCACCAUGCACAAUGAUGCAGUUAUGAGCAAUAGAGAGGGCAGAAAAUCUGAAAUAGUCUAAUGAUUAAACAAGACCAAAGGUGCAGAAAACCACUGAGAUAAAAUUCGUGCCACAUAGAGCCGCUGACAAUAGACUGGAUGCUGGUCCUUGGUCAUGUUUUACCCCCCUAACAUUGUUGAGCUGAGCACUUACAAUACUUUUGUUGUUUUAGAGCAAAAAUAUUCAACAAUGAUUGAAAUGGCAGCAGUGUCUUCCUGAAGCAGCGUGAGUCAUGCCCUGGUCAAGCCUCAUAUAGCGGGGAGAGGGCACUUCUCUAAAUGAGGGCAGGUUCAAAUGGAGAAUCAUCCCAAACAACCUGAUGCUCCAGCAGCUGCAGUAGCAGGAAAACAUGGCAGGUGCCUGGUCUGCACACAUAUUCUCAAAAACCCUCAGCACACAUGUGAAAUGCCUCAAGUACACAGCUGUAUGUAAUGCAUUGACACAAUCCAUCUGUAUAUUUUGUGUGAAGUAAAGCCCAACAAACCAGCUUCAGAGGUGUCUUAAGGGCUCCAACCUUAAGCGCCUUGCUGGACUUGGGACCCUUUGGUAGCAUGUGGCACCUUGCUUUUAGGUAACAGCGGUCUGCGUCUGGAGGGUCUAUUGAUAUGGAGGCGCAGGGAUGUGUUGUAAAUUUGCACACAUUUGGCCUGUGUCUUGUGGGACCAGGGAUCCUUUGGUAGCAUCUGAGAGUGUAAAUUGCAUAUUGUAAAUGUUUACAUAGUUGGGCUGCCUGCUGGACAAGUCCUUGGACAAGUCUUGGAAUAUACAAUAUGGCCGCCGAACCUGCCCAAAUUUGGAGACCCUUACAGGUGAAACAAUAAGAAGGUGCCACUUGAAUAUAGUCUGCUGACAGUGUUUGAAUAGUAAAUUUCAAAAUGUCUUUUUAAAAGUUACCUAUUAAAUUCAUAAUGUUGUACAAAAUGCCAUGAAAUAGUACAAAAUCUGACCGAGUUGAGCUCAUGGAUAACCUAUUCAAACUUGGAGACAUCUCCGUAGACAGUGAUGCACACAAGGUCAAAGGAUGGUAGCUUGUUUAUAAAGAAUACGAACUGCAUUGAAGGAGCUUGAUUGCGCACCCAGCAUUGUAAUCAGUAACAUGAUGCACUGGAAAACCCAGUCACUCAGUAAUACACCUAAAAAACUAUCAACUACAUUUCAAAAAUCUCUCCAUUUUCCCCAAUCAGAAAAGGUUAUGGUCGGGGUGCCUGGGUGGGGUAGCGCUCUAUUCCGUUGCCUAGCAACACGGGGGUCGUCGGUUCGAAUCCCAGUGUUACCUCCGGCUUCCUACAGAUGCAAUUGGCCAUGUCUGCAGAUGGGAAGCCAGAUGUGGGUGUGUCCUGGUUGCUGCACUAGCGCCUCCUCUGGUCGGUCUGUCGGUUGGGGCACCUGUUUGGGGGGGGGGGCAGCGUGAUUCUCCCACGUGCUACGUCUCCCUGGUGAAACUCCUCACUGUCAGGUGAAAAGAAGCGGCUGUGGUAGUCUGCAGCCCUCCUCAGGUCGGCAGCGGGGGUAUAGCAGUGAUCGGGACGGCUCGGGAAGAGCGGGGUAAUUGGCCAGAUACAAUUGGGGAGAAAAGUGGGGUUAAAAAAAAGAAGAAGAAAAGAUUGUUACCAACAAGCUACCAUUUUAUGAUUUGUAAAACAACAUUUGAAUUUAUAAACUCUGAAAAUAUAUGCUUAUGUGCUUUGCUCUGCAACAAAGAGAUUGUAUGCAAUCAGGACAUCUUGGUCUGGAAUGCUCAGCGGGCUUGGGAAACCCUUAAUGGGCUACCAGGAAUUAGCUGUCAGCCAACAAUGGGUGGUAUCUGUGUUUACCCCCAUCAGAAUCAAGAACAAUGUAUUGCCAUUUCUACUUGUGUACAGAAAAGAAACAUUUCAUUUCACCCAGCCCACAGCAGUGCAACACAAAAGAUAAAAACACACAUCCAAAUUUCCCAGAAUGAUACCACCAAAACAUACAAAAACAGAGAGAACAAAGCAGAAAAAAAAAGAAGAAAAAGAAACAAACCCACAAACCGUUAACACAGUCCAUUCAGUGCAACCCAGUCCAAAAAAAAUUCCCCUGUCUAGAGCAGAGCUGUCUUAACGCAUGGGCAUGCAGGGCAGGUGCCCAGGGGCCCCACGAGCAUAGGGGCCCCAUGCUAAUCUAUGUAUGUUGUGACUUGCUGCCAAUAAAUAAAUACUAUAAAUAUUUGUUAU